AUGACGGUCUAUAUCGCUUCACUGUUUCUUCCGCAUACUGUGCGAUUUCGCGCUCCUACGUCCCAGGAUCGCUUUGCAGAGUCCCAACCGGAGAAGCAACUCGCUACCUCGGCGCCUACUAAGCAUACGCCAGAAACAGUAGCAACAGCAACAGCAACAGCAACAGCAACUAGCUUGUUUGAACGGCAGAAUGGUGAUCCAAGUGUUGGCCUUACUCCGGGUGCUACGACUGACCAUGAACGUAUCUUCUCUGCUAGCCCCAAGGAAGCCGCGGAAGGAACCCAUCAUCAUCAACAUCUCUUGACAGAGAGUGAAGCACACUCGCCAGCAUGGGGCGCGAGAACAGCCCUCAACCAGCCCAAACCACAGUCCGCAUUCGUAGCGUCUCCGUCGAUUCUCAGACAUCAGGAUCCGAUCGCCGUACCAGAGCCAGCUCCCGUGAGGGAAGCGCCAUUAGUCCCUGCAAAAUAUCUGAAACCUUCGUAUCAUGGUACCCGGAAAGGAUCGUUCUGCGAAGCAGACUGGACUAUCACGACAGCGGAGCAGGGGAAUGGGGGGCUGCGCAAUGCCGUGCGGUCUGCUGCCGAGACCGGACAGCUACAAGACAAGGUUUGGGUCGGCACCUUGGGCAUCCCUACCGAUGCUCUGACGCAGUACACCAAGGCAGCUAUCUCGGAAAAGCUAGAGGGAGAGUAUGAUUCGCUGAUGGUUGAUGUGAGUGACAUUGAUUUCGAUGGCCAUUACACGCACUUCUGCAAAACCAUCCUCUGGCCCGUGUUUCACUAUCAGAUCCCGGAUAAUCCGAAAAGCAAGGCCUAUGAGGACCACUCGUGGGUAUACUAUGUCAAGCUUAACCAAGCCUUUGCGGACCGGAUUGCGCGCAACUGGAAACGGACGGAUUCUAUCUGGAUUCAGGACUAUCACUUGCUGCUGGUGCCCGCGAUGCUGCGGCAGCUCCUCCCCGAUGCGCAGAUCGGGUUUUUCCUCCAUGUUGCGUUCCCGUCGUCGGAGGUGUUCCGAUGCCUGGCGCCGCGCAAAGAGCUGCUGGAGGGGAUGCUCGGGGCAAACCUGGUCGGGUUCCAGACGGAGGAAUACUGCCGGCACUUCCUGCAGACGUGCAGUCGGAUCCUCAGCGUCGAAGCGACCAACGAAGGGCUUCAGCUGGAGGAUCGGGUUGUGAACGUGGGCAAGUUCCCGAUUGGCAUUGAUCCGCUCUCGUGGGAUAAACGACGCAAGGCGGCGGAUGUGGAGCAGUGGAUCCAAACCAUCUCGGAUCGCUAUGCGGGCAAGCGGUUGAUUGUCUCGCGGGACAAGAUUGACCAGGUGCGCGGCAUCCGCCAAAAGCUGCUCAGCUACGAACUCUUCCUCAACACGUAUCCCGAAUGGCGGGAGCAGGUGGUUCUGAUCCAGGUGGCGACCAGCACGACGGAGCAGCCGGAACUGGAGGCCACGAUCUCGGACAUUGCCAUGCGCAUCAACUCGACGCAUUCGACGCUGGCGCAUCAGCCGCUGGUGUUUCUCAAGCAAGACCUUGCGUUCCCGCAAUACCUGGCGCUGAUUUCGGUGGCGGAUGCUCUGAUGAUCACGAGUCUACGGGAGGGGAUGAAUCUGACGAGCCACGAGUUCGUGUACUGCCAGGACGGGAAGUACGGACGGCAGCAGUACGGAUCCCUGAUUCUGAGCGAGUUCACGGGCAGUGCGUCGGUCUUUGGCCAUCACGCGCUCCUGGUCAAUCCGUGGGACUAUCGCCAGUGCGCCGAGGCCAUCCACACGGCGCUCUCGCGGGGGGAGGCCGAACGGCGGGCGGUGUGGCAGCAGCUGCAUCAGGCGGUGCUGCAGAACUCGACGUCCAACUGGGUGGCGUCGUUCAGUGCGACGUUGCGGCGCGUGUGGCACGAGCAAUCGUCGCGCGAGAUCAUGGCGGUUCCGCGCCUGCGGCUGGAUCAGUUGGAGGCACGGUACCGGCAGUCGACGACGCGGCGGCUGAUCAUCCUGGAUUACGAGGGGACGUUGGCGUCGUGGGGGUCGCCCAGGAGUAUGAUGAUCGUGACGACGACGACGACGACGACGCCGCAGCGCGCGAUCACCGCGCUGGCCGAGCUGACGGACGACCCGAAGAACGUGGUGUACGUCAUGAGCUCGCGUACGCCCGAGGAGUUAGCGCGGCUGUUCCGCCUCGUGGGCGGCGUCGGGUUGAUAGCCGAGAACGGAUGCUUUGUGCGUGAGCCCCACGGCGGCGAGGCGUGGACCAGCACAUUUCCGGAGUCGUCGACCCGGCAGGCGUGGCAAGCGGCGGUGCGACAGAUUCUCGCGUACUACCAGCAGCGGGCGGAGGGGAGUUGGAUCGAACAGCGACACUGCUCGCUGGUUUUCCACUACGAGGCGGCGGAGGACCAAGCGGCGGCGUGUCGCCUGGCGUCGGAGUGUGCGGACCACAUCAACGACGCGUGUGCCAGCCAGGGGGUAGUGCAUGCGGUAUUGGUGGAGGGGGUGUUGGUGGUGGAGCCGCGCGACACGAAUAAGGCGACGGCGGCCGACGUGGUAUGGCGUGCGAUGAAUUCUGGAGGAGGAGGAGGAGGAGUGGAUUUUCUGUUGGCGAUUGGGGGGGAUCGUGAUGAUGAGCCAAUCUUUCGGUGGGCGAACAAAUUAGCGAGCUCUGGAGGCGUGGAGUAUGUGAUGACGGUGACUUUGGGGACGCGCAGGACCGAAGCACGAGCGACGAUGGGCCACGGAGUUACAGGAGUGGUUGGAUGUCUGGAGCGGUUGGCGCAGACGACGAUGAAGAAUUAA